UCUAACAAAUACAACGUGAGGGUGUGGGUACCUGCUGUGGAAUGCACAUACCCAUGGACGUGUCCUCUGCACUCGCCGACCUCACAACACAAUGAAACUAAGUCCAACAGUCGUAUUAACUCGUCAUUUACCGAACACGCUUGUCGAUAAGGAAAUUUCAUGCUUUCGCUCAGUCAUUCACAGAUUUGGCGAUGUUUGGCGAUGUUUCUCGCUCACUGACGAGCGUAUCGCCCUGGAUCAUAUAUGCGCAUGAACUGAAAACUUCCAGCAUUGCUUUGGUUCUGGUGUGAAAAACAUGAUGAGGAUAACUUAUGGCUUGCUGGCGUCUGGGUACAGUUUGAAUGAUAUUUUAUCAAUUUACUGCUGUGCUACUGUUUAGCCGUGGAGGUCUGUGACCUCGGUUUCUCCAGCCGGAGUGGCCGGUAUAGACAGCUGACCCAAUCACAUGAGAUUACUCCCUCGACACGCGCAUUCGCUUCCUCAUGCGCUCCGGGGGUUGUAAAGGGACGGAGGGAGAUGAGACAGGAGGGUGUGACCGAGGACUGACUCACUCCACGUGGGUAGAACACCAUCGUUGUGCAGGAUACGAGUGACAGUCACCGUCCUAUAUGUGCCCCGGUCUGUGUUUGCCCCACCGGGAAGGAAGUUUAGCAAGCCUAACUUGUAAGUGUUAUUGAUAGAGUUAUAGCCACUUAGAGAGAGUUGUGUCAUUAUUUGUGUCAACAUGUUUGUGAAUUUGUCAUAUUGAAACUAAACACGGGCCGAUAUCCAGAUUAAACAAAGAAGAUGUCACCGACAAUAAAACAGCUACAUUAAACAGUGAUUAAACGAUACAUUCGUCCGGGAAUGGCAUCGAGAGCACGGCUAAUACAUGGGAUGAUUCCAUUUUGAAAUCGCUUCAUCAUUGCGGGCAGGCGGAUUCUCAGGGCGGAGUUCAGUCGGCGGUUGAUGUGUGGGGAACUCUGACAGCUUCCGUGAAUUCCACAACUGCUGGAGUAUGUACUACCGUUUUGAAAGCCGGCGUGAGUAACGACUUUGCAGUAGUGUACAUGACGUCGUUUCACCAUGGAGUUAACGACUACCGCUUUUCUUGCAACCCCCGAGUACACGCCCAACAGUACGUAUAUUGAAUCCAACACGAGCCAUGUCGUCGAGUCAGACCGUGGACUAAAUGUAGUAGACGCUGUCGUUAUUGUCGUGCAGCUGUUGCUGUCCGUCGUCAUCAUCGGCGGUAACGUACUCACCAUCUUAGCUGUGAAGCGGACACCACGGCUCCACACAGUGCCCAACAUGUAUGUCGUGUCUCUCGCCUUCGCUGACUUAAUCGUGGGCAUAGUCCUGCCCUUGUAUGCUGUGAAAAUGUUUCCAGGGAUGGAGGACCUGUAUAAUGAUAACAAAUACCUCUGCCUCAGCCACCCGGUGGUGCUAAUUGUGUCUGCAGGGUGUUCAAUGGUGUCCAUGGUCCAGAUCUCCGUGGAUCGUCUCAUCUACAUCGUCUACCCCUUAAGGUAUGAAUACAUUGCAACAGCUCGCCGAGCUAGGAUAGUCAUCGGGACCACCUGGGCAGUGUGUCUCUUCUAUGGUACUCUCCCCUUAUACUAUAACAGAUGGGACGGUGUGAAGCCAUGCGAUGUGUUUACUAUCUUACACACAGAGUACCAGAUACAUGGCCAAGUCACUAUAUUCUGCGUCUGUUGUGUGGUAGCGGGGGCUAGUUAUGGGUACAUCUUCAAGAUAUCACACCAACAGCGGAAGGCAAUGCUGGAUGUCACUCGCCAGAGCAUUGAGACAGACACCCGGGUCGUGGUGUCCACCUUUAAGAGAGAAUGGCCAAUGAUCAAAAUGUUUUUUCUAGUGUUUGGUGUGUUCUUUGUCUGUUGGUUUCCCUCAAUGGUUGGGAUCGUGCUCGGAAAUACAGUCGGGAUCUCAAUGACCGCCAUGAAUCUUAUAGUAGCGUUCUGUUUGUUUAAUUCUGGAAUGAACUUUUUUAUAUAUGGUAUGAAAAACAAAGACUUCUACCGUGCGUAUCGUCGGAUGUUGUGUUCUGAACGGUUCCGUUACUCUGAACGCUCGGACACAGCCGCCAGGUCCGCUUCAGGCAAUGAACUGAUACAUACGUGAUACCGCGUGGAUAGUACGGUGACACCAUUCAAAAUGCAGUGUACACGAUACGGAGAUGCAGAAAUGGAGUCACGAUGGAGUCACGAUGCAACAUGGAUGGUACGGUGAUGCAUAAUUGAUACAACAUGGAAGAUACGUCGAUGCAUGAUCGAUACAUGGAUGAUACGGUGAUGCAUAAUUGAUACAACAUGGAUGAUACGGUGAUGGAUAAUGGAUGGUACGCUGAUGCAUAAUUAAUACAACAUGGAUGAUACGGUGAUGGAUAUUGUAUACAUGGAUGAUACGCUGAUGCAUAAUUGAUACAACAUGGAUGAUACGAUGAUGCAUAAUUGAUACAACAUGGAUGAUACGAUGAUGCAUAAUUGAUCCAACAUGGAUGAUACGAUGAUGCAUUUUUGAUACAAUAAGGAUGGAACGGUGAUCGACUCACGAUACAGCAUGGAUGGUACGGUGUAUAUGUCGCAGCGAUACAGACAUGAUGCGAGGAUAUAGUGAGGAUAAUGACUGAUACGUUUUCCCGAUACACCAUGGAUGAUACGGUGUGUAUGUCACAGUCACAGUGAUACAGGCAUGAUACGAUAUAAUGAUACAGAGUGGAUAUUACGAUGAUACACAGGAUUCAGUUAGAUGAUAACGACACACUAUCGUCGUCGUCACACAUUAUAGCUAAAAUGGAUAGAAUAAUCAUUAAUGUUUUCAGCAUGUUAUCAGAUUUGCUUUGCUUGUUGUUUAACGCAGCACUCAUCAAUAUUCCAGCUAUAUUACAGCGGUCUGUAAAACAAUCGAGUCUGGACCAGACAAUCCAGUGAUUGACAUCAUGAGUAUCGAUCCACGC